ACGUCGUUUCUUGUGAAGACGACUUUUCUGUCCAGAAUUUCGGAUUUAUAUUUUGAGUAAUUCUAGCUCCUAAGUUCACCUAGACUCUGUCCUUAAUCCUAACAAGUGGCAUCAGAGCAAUAUUAAGGACAUUGAGAGGAGUCUACAGAAGUUUGAAGACCCUUCUAGACCCACCAUGGCCUGUGGGUGUGCCUAAGUGGUGUUCUAAAGGUUGGAUGUGUCUUCCGCUAAGGGGAAACUCUGCCGAAAUUUCGUGGACGCCGACACUUGUGAAAAUAUCGAGGGAGCUGAGUCUGCCCAUCAUCCCUUGGAAUGGGAAGACUCCAACAGCAGCAACGGCAGCAGUGGCAAAGGCAACAGCAGGAGGAGAUGCAACUGCACCAACUGAUGGGGUCCUGGAAGCAGUCAAGAAAGUGCAGCAGCAGCAGACACAUGGUGAGGUGCUUGCUGGUGUGGAUGCGAGUGCGGCAUGGGCUAAGGCUUCAUCAAGGAGUGGAGAGGCCGAUUGGGAGACAUGGCAUGAGAGGUUGUGUCAUGUGAACUUCCCUAUGCUGCAGAAGUUGGUGAAGAAUGGGAGCCUGAAGGGCUUGGAGGUGAAAGGGGAAGUGAAGGAGAUUGGGAGCUGCCCUACAUGCUUGGAGACCAAGUUCUCCAAGUUCCCCUUCAACAGUGCAACUGGACCAUCCAAGACCCCACUUGCACUUGUGCACAUGGAUGUGGUGGGGCCCACAAGAGCCCCUUCCCUCUCAGGCAGCCGCUAUUUCUUGACAAUUGUGGAUGACCACACUCGGGCAGUGUGGGUUUACCCUUUGAAGAGCAAGGGGGAGGUGGCAGCGGCUGUCCUUAAAGAGUGGAUGCCGAGAGCUCAGAGGGAAUGCGGACACAAGGUGAAGGUGAUCCGUAGUGACAAUGGUGGGGAGUUCAUUGGAGCUGAUUUUGAGGGGGAGUUGAAGAGGAAGGGGAUCCAGCAUCAACUGACAGUGCCCUACAACCCACAGCAGAAUGGCGUGGCUGAGAGCGCAGAGCAGAUGCUGGAGAUGCAGUUCAAGUGCUCCAAGAUGGGUGAGGCGAAGUACUACUUGGGGAUGCACGUGGAGAGAGAUGUGGAAAAGGGUGUGCUGAGGUUGCACCAGAGGAAGUACUGUGAGGGGCUGGCUGAGAAGUAUGGGCUGCAAGAUGGGGGAAAGCCAGCAACACCACUACCUUCGGGGUUCACUGUGGAGCCAUGUGCUGAUGAGGAGGUAGUGGGUGAUAGUGACAGGAAGCUGUUUCAUUCGAUGGUUGGGUCGCUGAAUUAUCCUGCAAAUCAUACACGGCCUGACAUUGCAUUUGCUACAUCACGGUUGGCUAGUGUGGUCUCACGCCCUAGUCAUGAGCAGCUGGAAGCGGCCAAGAGGUUGGUCCGCUAUGUGAGUGCUACGGCAUCAGUGGGAUUGGAGUACAGUGGAGUGAGGCAGCGGUUGCAGAGAGGUGCUGCAGAUGUGAAGAGUGGAGAGAUGCUCUUGAGUUGCUAUACUGACGCUAGCUUCAACUCAGUGAAAGCGGAUGGCACCAGCAUUGGGGGUUAUGUGUGCUUGCUAGGAGGUGGUGCUGAAGUGGUAUGGCUGAGGCGUUUGUUGGAGGAGUUGGGAGUUGGUCAGGAGAAGCCGACAGUUGUGUUUUGUGACAAUGAGUCCGCUGUGAAGCUCGCCAAGAAUGCUUGUCUGCAUGGGCUGACAAAACACAUAAGGCCUAAGUGGCAUUGGGUGAGGAGACUCCUUGAUAAGGAGGUGCGGCUGGAGAUAGUGAAGACCCAUCAGCAGGCAGCAGAUAUUUUCACUAAGCGUCUGGCGGAGGCGGAUCAUUGGAAGGGCAUGAAGCUUGCUGGGAUGAGUCACAUUCCUUCAUCCCUCUCUGCCCAUUCCUUCAUCCCUCUCUGCCCAUUCCUUCAUCCCUCUCUGCCCAUUCCUUCAUCCCUCUCUGCCCAUUCCUUCAUCCCUCUCUGCGCAUUCCUUCAUCCCUCUCUGACCAUCCCUUCAUCCCUCUCUGCCCAUUCCUUCAACCCUCUCUGCCCAUUCCUUCAUCCCUCUCUGCCCAUACCUUCAUCCCUCUCUGCCCAUUCCUUCAUCCCUCUCUGCCCAUUCCUUCAUCCCUCUCUGCCCAUUCCUUCAUCCCUCUCUGCCCAUUCCUUCAUCCCUCUCUGCCCAUUCAUCCCUCUCUGCACAUUCCCUCAUCCCUCUCUGCCCAUCCCUUCAUCCCUCUCUGCCCAUCCCUUCAUCCCUCUCUGCCCAUUCCUUCAUCCCUCUCUGCCCAUUCCUUCAUCCCUCUCUGCACAUUCCUUCAACCCUCUCUGCCCAUUCCUUCAUCCCUCUCUGCCCAUACCUUCAUCCCUCUCUGCCCAUUCCUUCAUCCCUCUCUGCCCAUUCCUUCAUCCCUCUCUGCCCAUUCCUUCAUCCCUCUCUGCCCAUUCCUUCAUCCCUCUCUGCCCAUUCAUCCCUCUCUGCACAUUCCCUCAUCCCUCUCUGCCCAUCCCUUCAUCCCUCUCUGCCCAUCCCUUCAUCCCUCUCUGCCCAUUCCUUCAUCCCUCUCUGCCCAUUCCUUCAACGCUCUCUGCCCAUUCCUUCAUCCCUCUCUGCCCAUUCCUUCAUCCGUCUCUGCCCAUUCCUUCAUCCCUCUCUGCCCAUUCCUUCAUCCCUCUCUGCACAUUCCUUCAUCCCUCUCUGCCCAUCCCUUCAUCCCUCUCUGCACAUUCCUUCAUCCCUCUCUGCCCAUUCCUUCAUCCCUCUCUGCCCAUACCUUCAUCCCUCUCUGCCCAUUCCUUCAUCCCUCUCUGCCCAUUCCUUCAUCCGACUCUGCCCAUCCCUUCAACCCUCUCUGCCCAUUCCUUCAUCCCUCUCUGCCCAUACCUUCAUCCCUCUCUGUCCAUUCCUUCAUCCCUCUCUGCCCACCCUUCAUCCCUCUCUGCCAGUUCAUCCCUCUCUGCACAUUCCUUCAUCCCUCUCUGCCCAUACCUUCAUCCCUCUCUGCCCAUCCCUUCAACCCUCUCUGCCCAUUCCUUCAUCCCUCUCUGCCCAUACCUUCAUCCCUCUCUGCACAUUCCUUCGUCCCUCUCUGCCCAUUCCUUCAUCCCUCUCAGCCCUUUCCUUCAUCCCUCUCUGCCCAUCCCUUCAUCCCUCUCUGCCCAUCCCUUCAUCCCUCUCUGCCCAUUCCUUCAUCCCUCUCUGCCCAUUCCUUCAUCCCUCUCUGCACAUUCCUUCAUCCCUCUCUGCCCAUUCCUUCAUCCCUCUCUGCCCAUUCCUUCAUCCCUCUCUGACCAUCCCUUCAUCCCUCUCUGCCCAUUCCUUCAUCCAUCUCUGCCCAUUCCUUCAUCCCUCUCUGCCCAUACCUUCAUCCCUCUCUGCCCAUUCCUUCAUCCCUCUCUGCCCAUUCCUUCAUCCCUCUCAGCACAUUCCUUCAUCCCUCUCUGCCCAUUCUCAUCCCUCUCUGCCCAUUCCUUCAUCCCUCUCUGCCCAUUCCUUCAUCCCUCUCUGCGCAUUCCUUCAUCCCUCUCUGACCAUCCCUUCAUCCCUCUCUGCCCAUUCCUUCAACCCUCUCUGCCCAUUCCUUCAUCCCUCUCUGCCCAUACCUUCAUCCCUCUCUGCCCAUUCCUUCAUCCCUCUCUGCCCAUUCCUUCAUCCCUCUCUGCCCAUUCCUUCAUCCCUCUCUGCCCAUUCCUUCAUCCCUCUCUGCCCAUUCAUCCCUCUGUGCACAUUCCCUCAUCCCUCUCUGCCCAUCCCUUCAUCCCUCUCUGCCCAUCCCUUCAUCCCUCUCUGCCCAUUCCUUCAUCCCUCUCUGCCCAUUCCUUCAACCCUCUCUGCCCAUUCCUUCAUCCCUCUCUGCCCAUUCCUUCAUCCGUCUCUGCCCAUUCCUUCAUCCCUCUCUACCCAUUCCUUCAUCCCUCUCUGCACAUUCCUUCAUCCCUCUCUGCCCAUCCCUUCAUCCCUCUCUGCACAUUCCUUCAUCCCUCUCUGCCCAUUCCUUCAUCCCUCUCAGCACAUUCCUUGAUCCCUCUCUGCCCAUUCCUUCAUCCCUCUCUGCCCAUUCCUUCAUCCCUCUCUGCCCAUCCCUUCGUCCCUCUCUGCCCAAUCCUUCAUCCCUCUCAGCCCAUUCCUUCAUCCCUCUCUGCCCAUCCCUUCAUCCCUCUCUGCCCAUUCCUUCAUCCCUCUCUGCCCAUACCUUCAUCCCUCUCUGCCCAUACCUUCAUCCCUCUCUGCCCAUUCCUUCAUCCCUCUCUGCCCAUUCGUCCCUCUCUGCACAUUCCCUCAUCCCUCUCUGCCCAUUCCUUCAUCCCUCUCUGCCCAUUCAUCCCUCUCUGCACAUUCCUCAUCCCUCUCUGCACAUUCCUUCAUCCCUCUCUGCUCAUUCCUUCAUCCCUCUCUGCCCAUUCCUUCAUCCCACUCUGCCCAUUCCUUCAUCCCUCUCUGCCCAUUCCUUCAUCCCUCUCUGCCCAUCCCUUCGUCCCUCUCUGCCCAAUCCUUCAUCCCUCUCAGCCCAUUCCUUCAUCCCUCUCUGCCCAUCCCUUCAUCCCUAUCUGCCCAUUCCUUCAUCCCUCUCUGCCCAUACCUUCAUCCCUCUCUGCCCAUACCUUCAUCCCUCUCUGCCCAUUCCUUCAUCCCUCUCUGCCCAUUCGUCCCUCUCUGCACAUUCCCUCAUCCCUCUCUGCCCAUUCCUUCAUCCCUCUCUGCCCAUUCAUCCCUCUCUGCACAUUCCCUCAUCCCUCUCUGCACAUUCCUUCAUCCCUCUCUGCCCAUUCCUUCAUCCCUCUCUGCCCAUUCCUUCAUCCCUCUCUGCCCAUUCCUUCAUCCCUCUCAGCACAUUCCAUCAUCCCUCUCUGCCCAUUCCUUCAUCCCUCUCUGCACAUUCCUUCAUCCCUCUCUGCCCAUUCCUUCAUCCCUCUCUGCCCAUUCCUUCAUCCCUCUCUGACCAUCCCUUCAUCCCUCUCAGCCCAUUCCUUCAUCCCUCUCUGCCCAUCCCUUCAUCCCUAUCUGCCCAUUCCUUCAUCCCUCUCUGCCCAUACCUUCAUCCCUCUCUGCCCAUACCUUCAUCCCUCUCUGCCCAUUCCUUCAUCCCUCUCUGCCCAUUCCCAUUCCUUCAUCCCUCUCUGCCCAUCCCUUUAUCCCUCUCUGCACAUUCCUUCAUCCGUCUCUGCCCAUACCUUCAUCCCUCUCUACCCAUUCCUUCAUCCCACUCUGCCCAUCCCUUCAUCCCUCUCUGCCCAUUCCUUCAUCCCUCUCUGCCCAUUCCUUCAUCCCUCUCUGCCCAUCCCUUCAUCCCUCUCUGCCCAUUCCUUCAUCCCUCUCUGCGCAUUCCUUCAUCCCUCUCUGACCAUCCCUUCAUCCCUCUCUGCCCAUUCCUUCAUCCCUCUCUGCCCAUACCUUCUUCCCUCUCUGCUCAUUCCUUCAUUACUCUCUGCCCAUUCCUUCAUCCCUCUCUGCCCAUUCCUUCAUCCCUCUCUGCACAUUCCUUCAUCCCUCUCUGCCCAUUCCUUCAUCCCUCUCUGCCCAUACCUUUAUCCCUCUCUGCCCAUUCCUUCAUCCCUCUCUGCCCAUUCCUUCAUCCCUCUCUGCCCAUCCCUUCAUCCCUCUCUGCCCAUUCCUUCAUCCCUCUCUGCCCAUACCUUCAUCCCUCUCUGCCCAUUCCUUCAUCCCUCUCUGCCCAUUCCUUCAUCCCACUCUGCCCAUCCCUUCAUCCCUCUCUGCCCAUUCCUUCAUCCCUCUCUGCCCAUUCCUUCAUCCCUCUCUGCCCAUCCCUUCAUCCCUCUCUGCCCAUUCCUUCAUCCCUCUCUGCCCAUCCCUUCAUCCCUCUCUGCCCAAUCCUUCAUCCCUCUCUGCCCAUACCUUCAUCCCUCUCUGUCCAUUCCUUCAUCCCUCUCUGCCCAUUCAUCCCUCUCUGCACAUUCCUUCAUCCCUCUCUGCUCAUCCCUUCAACCCUCUCUGCCCAUUCCUUCAUCCCUCUCUGCCCAUUCCUUCAUCCCUCUCUGCCCAUUCCUUCAUCCCUCUCUGCCCAUUCCUUCAUCCCUCUCUGCCCAUUCCUUCAUCCCUCUCUGCCCAUCCCUUCAUCCCUCUCUGCCCAUUCCUUCAUCCCUCUCUGCCCAUACCUUUUUCCCUCUCUGCCCAUUCCUUCAUCCCUCUCUGCCCAUUCCUUCAUCCCUCUCUGCCCAUCCCUUCAUCCCUCUCUGCCCAUUUCUUCAUCCCUCUCUGCCCAUACCUUCAUCCCUCUCUGCCCAUUCGUUCAUCCCUCUCUGCCCAUCCCUUCGUCCCUCUCUGCCCAUUCCUUCAUCCCUCUCUGCCCAUUCCUUCAUCCCUCUCUGCCCAUUCCUUCAUCCCUCUCUGCACAUUCCUUCAUCCCUCUCUGCCCAUUCCUUCAUCCCUCUCUGCCCAUUCCUUCAUCCCUCUCUGCCCAUACCUUCAUCCCUCUCUGCCCAUUCCUUCAUCCCUCUCUGCCCAUUCCUUCAUCCCACUCUGCCCAUCCCUUCAUCCCUCUCUGCCCAUUCCUUCAUCCCUCUCUGCCCAUUCCUUCAUCCCUCUCUGCCCAUCCCUUCAUCCCUCUCUGCCCAUUCCUUCAUCCCUCUCUGCGCAUUCCUUCAUCCCUCUCUGACCAUCCCUUCAUCCCUCUCUGCCCAUUCCUUCAUCCCUCUCUGCCCAUACCUUCUUCCCUCUCUGCCCAUUCCUUCAUUACUCUCUGCCCAUUCCUUCAUCCCUCUCUGCUCAUUCCUUCAUCCCUCUCUGCACAUUCCUUCAUCCCUCUCUGCCCAUUCCUUCAUCCCUCUCUGCCCAUUCCUUCAUCCCUCUCUGCCCAUUCCUUCAUCCCUCUCUGCCCAUUCCUUCAUCCCUCUCUGCCCAUCCCUUCAUCCCUCUCUGCCCAUUCCUUCAUCCCUCUCUGCCCAUACCUUCAUCCCUCUCUGCCCAUUCCUUCAUCCCUCUCUGCCCAUUCCUUCAUCCCUCUCUGCCCAUCCCUGCAUCCCUCUCUGCCCAUUUCUUCAUCCCUCUCUGCCCAUACCUUCAUCCCUCUCUGCCCAUUCGUUCAUCCCUCUCUGCCCAUCCCUUCGUCCCUCUCUGCCCAUUCCGUCAUCCCUCUCUGCCCAUUCCUUCAUCCCUCUCUGCCCAUCCCUUCAUCCCUCUCUGCCCAUCCCUUCAUCCCUCUCUGCCCAUUCCUUCACCCCUCUCUGCCCAUACCUUCAUCCCUCUCUGCCCAUUCCUUCAUCCCUCUCUGCCCAUUCAUUCAUCCCUCUCUGCACAUUCCUUCAUCCCUCUCUGCCCAUCCCUUCAUCCCUCUCUGCCCAUUCCUUCAUCCCUCUCUGCCCAUACCUUCAUCCCUCUCUGCCCAUUCCUUCAUCCCUCUCUGCCCAUACCUUCAUCCCUCUCUGCCCAUUCCUUCAUCCCUCUCUGCCCAUUCCUUCAUCCCUCUCAGCACAUUCCUUCAUCCCUCUCUACCCAUUCCUUCAUCCCUCUCUGCCCAUUCCUUCAUCCCUCUCUGCCCAUUCCUUCAUCCCUCUCUGCCCAUUCCUUCAUCCCUCUCUGCGCAUUCCUUCAUCCCUCUCUGACCAUCCCUUCAUCCCUCUCUGCCCAUUCCUUCAUCCCUCUCUGCCCAUUCCUUCAUCUCUCUCUGCCCAUACCUUCAUCCCUCUCUGCCCAUUCCUUCAUCCCUCUCUGCCCAUUCCUUCAUCCCUCUCUGCCCAUUCCUUCAUCCCUCUCUGCCCAUUCCUUCAUCCCUCUCUGCCCAUUCAUCCCUCUCUGCACAUUCCCUCAUCCCUCUCUGCCCAUACCUUCAUCCCUCUCUGCCCAUCCCUUCAUCCCUCUCUGCCCAUUCCUUCAUCCCUCUCUGCCUAUUCCUUCAACCCUCUCUGCCCAUUCCUUCAUCCCUCUCUGCCCAUUCCUUCAUCCCUCUCUGCCCAUUCCUUCAUCCCUCUCUGCACAUUCCUUCAUCCCUCUCUGCCCAUCCCUUCAUCCCUCUCUGCACAUUCCUUCAUCCCUCUCUGCCCAUUCCUUCAUCCCUCUCAGCACAUUCCUUCAUCCCUCUCUGCCCAUUCCUUCAUCCCUCUCUGCCCAUUCCUUCAUCCCUCUCUGCCCAUACCUUCUUCCCUCUCUGCCCAUUCCUUCAUCACUCUCUGCCCAUUCCUUCAUCCCUCUCUGCCCAUUCCUUCAUCCCUCUCUGCCCAUACCUUCAUCCCUCUCUGUUGGCAAGGGUGGCCAACUUGGAUGGAUUGGUUGGGAAGGGACAAAGGUCAAAGUUGAGGUUCCUAUAGGGAGGGAAUCUUUGUGCUUAUGGGGUUUCCUUGGUUGGGGACUCUCUUGGGACCUUCCCUCUCGUCCCUCUCCAUCUAUCCCAACCUUUCUCUUGCUCCUUCUAAUUCCUUGUGAGAUUCUUGAACUUUGAUUGAACCUUUG